UCACCUUGCUGCUGAGCUUGGGAAGACACUACUGGACCGUAACACUGAACUAGAAGAAUCUUUACAGCAAAUGUAUGCAACAAAUCAAGAGCAAUUGCAGGAGAUAGAGUACCUAACAAAGCAGGUCGAGCUCUUGCGUCAGAUGAACGAUCAGCAUGCAAAAGUGUAUGAACAGCUGGAUGUGACGGCAAGAGAACUUGAAGACACAAAUCAAAAACUAGUUGCAGAGAGUAGAGCUUCACAACAAAAGAUAUUAAGCUUGACAGAGACUAUUGAAAACCUGCAAACACACAUAGAUGACCUGCAACGACAAGUAGAGGAAUUGAAAAAGUCUGGACGAGGCCGGAUGAGCCAUGAGAGAUCUGACCAGCCAAGAUCAAUGCAUAGUUUCUCAUGUUUGAAGGAGCUGUAUGACCUUCGCCAGUAUUUUGUUUAUGAUCAUGUGUUUGCAGAAAAGAUUACUUCGAUGGAUAGUCAGCUAAGUCCUCUUGAAGAAGAAAAUGAGAACCUUAAAAAGGCAGUUACAGUUCUGCAAGCCCAACUUAACCUAGAGAAAGAGAAGAGGGUAACAAUGGAAGAGGAAUAUAAUCUCAUGGUAAAAGAAAACUGUGACCUUGAACAGAGGCUUGUUGAUACAGACUUAUAUCGGGCUCGGGCAGAGGAGUUGGAAGUGGAAGUAGCUGAAAUGCGACAAAUACUUCAGUCUGAAAAUACAUUCCAUAACGCAGAGAAAUUGGUGCCAGAAUCCUUUUUCAUUUCAUUCAAGGAAUCUUUAGAGAAGGAGCUUGGUCAGAGCCCUGCAGACGAUGGACUGCUGACCGUAUCAGAGCUUGAGAAGGCGGCACUGAAACGGAGCAGCAGCGAAACUUUCCUAAGCAGCGCUGUGGGGGGAGACAUUCUAAGGGGCCAUGAAGAAACAUGUAUUAGGAGAGCUGAAGCUGUGAAGCAGCGAGGAAUCUCUGUACUUAAUGAAGUUGAUGCUCAGUAUAAUGCUCUGAAAGUGAAGUAUGAGGAACUUUUGAAGAAGUGUCAAAUGGAUGAAGAUUCUUUGAAACACAAGGCUGUACAAACACUGAAGCAGUAUUCCAAAGACCUAAAUGUGGGGAAUACCCAGUAUGAUCUUUCAGCUAGCAAUCAAGAAUGUACAAAUGUGGAGCUAAGUGACUCUCCCACAAAUGUUCUUCCUGAAUAUAAAGCGCUCUUCAAGGAAAUUUUUAGCUGUAUCAGAAAAACAAAAGAAGAAAUAGAUGAACACAGAGCGAAGUACAAGUCCCUCUCCUCUCAGCCGUAACAUUGGACAUGCUGGUGACCUGUUUUCUGCUAGUGACUAAUCUGUUAGUCAAGAAGGGGAAAAACUUCAUACAAACAUCAGAAGACCCCCUCAUACUGAUGCGUUUCUUGAGCACUCAAAAUGAAUGUUUUGAAUGGGGUUGUAGACCUGUAGUUAACAAGCUAGUUAGUUAACAGCUAGUCUCCCUGUACUUAUGUAGCAAUGGAUUUAAUGUUGUUUAGCACUGUCAUGCAAACUAGUGGCUGUAAAGCAAACAAACAUCAUGGCUUAAUACUACACUCCUACUUCAUACUACACUUAAUCUCUGACCAGACCAGUAACUGACACUAGUUUCCUUAGUCCACUUCAAAAAUAAAGAGUUAAGAAAUCUGUACUGUAUUUCUCACGAGGAACCAGACUAAAGCUUUCCUUCGGUUCACAUGUGACAAUCCAGCCUUGUAACUAUGUCUGGGUAGAAAAUUAAGAAAAAACAAAGCCCCUGACCAGUAUCGUGGGCAGCCUCUCCUUGAUUCUUGAUAAGGAUGUCAGCAGUCUAUAGCUGGACUUGCUUUGGCAGGGGGCCGGAGAGCUGGCACAGCCACCUGAGUGGUGCUUGGGUUAAGCUCACACCACAUUUUCAUGUGCACUAAGCUCUCCCAUAGAUCAGUAUAAAUGUCUUCCUACCAAGAAAGGCUUUGAUGUAAAGUUUGUGUGGCUUUUUAGGUAUGGUUUCUUCUGUAGGGCACUUUGUCUUAAGGCAAGAUACUGUGAAUUGAUGAUGUACGUUAUUUGGGACCUACUGUUCUUUGGUGGAAUGUCUGCAAAGUACAUUUAUGUGUAUUUGGUAAGAUAGAAAGUUGCAAUUUAGCUAUUUAACUGUAGUAGUAGCAUUGACAUAGUGGAAUAGCUUUUAAUCUUACAUACCGUGAGCCCCAAGUG